ACCUAAAACUGGACAUUGAAAGGGAAGCAGCUUGCAAGUUAAUAGGAGAGAAAAUGUAUUGUCUCCAGUGGUUGUUGCCAGUGCUUCUCAUGCCAAAGCCCAUGAACCCAGCAUUAUUUUUCAACCAUGCCAUGUUUAUGCUUGUGUAUUUGAUUGGAUUCUACUUGGAGAAGAAGCCUUGCACAAUUUGUAGCCUUAUCUUCAUGAUUGCAUUCUUUCUUAUAUGCUACAAUUGUUUCAGCAAUUGCAUCAUCUGCUUUUCAAAACAAUGCAGUCCUUCUGACAGUUCAUCAUGUGAGUAUAAUAAUAAGAAUAUGGAGCUUUCAUGCAUCAAGAAGGAAGUUGAUGCCUUAGAUAUCCAGAUUGCCAAGUUGCAGCACUGCAAGAGGCAACUAUUGGAGAGGAAGGAAUCAUUGUUGCAAUCUAUUCGGCAAGAGAAGAUAACUGAAUUGGAAUCUCAGGAUUGGCAAGGAAAAGGUUCUGUUCUUUGGCUUAGGCCUGAUUCAUUGAACUUAUUGUUGAAGAGUCCCUCUCCAUGGUCUGAGGAGCUUGUCCUCAUUACUGGCUUUGUUGUCUUCUAUUUAGAAUUCCCUUGGUCAAAAGAGAUUAAAGAAGCAUUGAGAGGUAAAUUCAAGUUGGAAAAAUUUCGAGACCUUCAACUUGCAGCUAUCAAUGCCUCAUUAUCAAGGCAUGAUGUCAUCCUCAUCAUGCCAACAGGAGGAGGAAAGAGCCUUGUUUACCAACUGCCAGCUGUAGUGUCUCAAGGAGUUACCUUGGUUGUGUCACCCCUUGUGUCUUUGAUGGAGGACCAGAUCAUGGCUUUACACAAGCUCCAAAUCCAUGCUGACAUGUUGAAUGCUUCUUGUUCUCGAGAGAAAGUCAGUCAGAUCCUCAAUGCUCUAAUAGACAAGCAUGGGGACCUGAAGCUAUUGUAUGUGACACCUGAGAAGAUGGCUAAGAGCAAGCGCUUCAUGUCAAAGCUCCAAAAAUGCUACGAGUUGGGACUCUUGGCUCGAGUGGCAAUAGAUGAGGUUCAUUGUUGCUCCCAGUGGGGACAUGACUUCAGACCUGAUUACAAGUUUUUGGGCAUUCUUCGGAGCAUGUUUCCCAAGACACCAAUUCUUGGAUUGACAGCUACUGCAACAUCAAAUGUAACUGAAGAUGUGAAGGAGUUCCUUAACAUCCCUCAAGCCAUGGUUUUCAAGUCAUCCUUCAAUAGACCAAACCUCUACUAUGAGGUGCAGGAGAAGUCAUCAUCCCUUAAAGACUCCUUGGAUAUCCUCUCUUCCCUGCUAACACAGGAUUUUGCUGGGCAGUCUGGAAUCAUCUAUACUUUAACCAUCAGAGAAUCAGAGGAGCUUACCACUGAACUGCAAAAGAGAGGGCUUCAAGUUGGAUGCUAUCAUGCAAACUUGGAAGCCAAAACCCGGAGUGAUAUCCAUCAGAAGUGGCUUCAAAAUGAAAUUCAGGCUGUUGUGGCAACUGUGGCAUUUGGCAUGGGUAUAGACAAGCCAGAUGUGAGGUUUGUCAUCCACCACUGCAUGUCAAAGUCCAUGGAAAACUUUUACCAGGAAAGUGGGAGAGCUGGAAGAGAUGAAGAGCGUGCACGAUGUAUAGUUUUGUUCCGCUUUGCUGACAUUUUCCGGAUCAGCACCAUGGUCUUCACUGAGAGGACAGGGCUCACUAACCUCUAUUCCAUGGUCUCUUACUGCUUGGACUCCUAC